ACGAGAACUGGCGUGGGACGGAGUGGAGAGAGUUGUUAUCGAAGAAGAGGGAGUGCAGACAGGAGCAGGAGCAGAGCAGGGGGUGUGUGAGUGUGUUUGUGAGGUCCAAAAAGGAGCACAACACGGCGUGAAUGAGAGAGGCAAGCUGGCGGAAUUCAACAUGGCAUCUGGAGAUACGCUGUACAUUGAGACAGACGGCUCGGAGAUGCCGGCCGAGAUCGUGGAGCUCCACGAGAUAGAGGUGGAAACGAUACCGGUGGAGACCAUCGAGACCACGGUGGUCGGCGGGGAUGACGAUGACGACGACGACGACGACGGGCAGCCCAUGAUCGCGCUCCAGCCGCUGGUCACGGACGACCCCAGCUCGAUCCAUCACCACCAGGAGGUGAUCCUGGUCCAGACCCGGGAGGAGGUGGUCGGCGGGGAUGACUCCGACCUGCACACGGACGGGGCCAGCGGGUUCGAGGACCAGAUCCUCAUCCCGGUACCGGCUCCGGGAGUGGAGGACGAGUACAUUGAACAGACUCUUGUGACUGUGUCUGGGAAGAGCUCGGUGGGUCGGGUGAAACGGGGAGGCGGCACAGGGGGGAAGAAAGCGGGCAAAAAGAGCUAUCUAAGCGGUACUGAGGCCGGCGGAAGAAAAUGGGAACAGAAGCAAGUGCAAAUAAAGACUCUGGAAGGGGAAUUCUCGGUUACAAUGUGGGCAUCGGGUAAGUAAUGCUGGGACAGCCGUGUCUGUUGUUAGCCGUUGCAUGAGGCCUCGUUGCCAGGGCGUUGUCCUGCUGCACCAGACUAGUUCCUGGAGUUGUACGUUGCACCGUCGUUAAAGCGUCAAAUAACGCAAGGUUUCGAUGUAAAACUCUCCUAAAUGAUAGGGAAAUGUUUUUGUUUUGAAGGGAGGCCAUGUUUUAAGUGUUGCUGGGCGCCGCCAUAUUCCCCGAGACUAGUAAGUAUGGCGGCGGCCCCGAGAAAAAUGGCGAUAGUAACGGCCAGGCAGAGAUGGCGGCGGAGCGAGAGGGAGACAGACAGCUGAGUCUAGGGAGCGCACAGGCCGCAGAAAUGUCAUGAAAAAGCGCUUAAAUGCUAUUUUUGAAACGUCGGAUGGUAAUAUAAAGUAUAUGAGGGUCUAAUGUGUGUGUAUUUUUCAAUUAAGACACUAUUUUGUCAGCAAUUAGUCGUUUAGCAGUUAGCUCUGGCUGUAACCAGUGGAAACGUAAAUUCAGCAGACGGCUCUGCGUCUGCGUCAGAGCAGCUGACUGCGCCUGCGUCAGAGCAGCUAACCGCACCGUGUUCAAUGUACGGUUGAUUGUAGCUGAAAACCUCGCAUAUAUAGUCAUCCAGGACCUUAUAUUCACUGUGUAAACUUUGACAACUAAAUAAAAAGACGUUAGUCUAUUCUUUUAGUUGUGCCUUUAACAGCCCUAAUGUUAUUAAAGCUUGUAUGUAAUCAGUACAAAAAAGCCGAAACCAAAAGUUGUAAUUUCCACAUUUUAAAUUUUUGUAAACAUGGUCAGACAGGUGAGAACUGUGCUUAGAGUUAACUGUUUAAUUUUAGUGGGUGGUAUGUUGAAAAGUAUUACCAAUAUUUUACUCCCAAAAUGUACUUUUCAAGUUAAUACUCUCCAAUACACCAACACCAUCAACAAUUGAUACAAAGUCAAAUACUAAGUAGCAUAACUUUUCAGCUACUCCUCUCUGAACCCGGGUUCAGCCCAGCAGUUAGUUGUUUAGCAGUUAGCUCUGGACGAACCAGUGGAAACGUAAAUUCAGCAGACGGCUCUGCAUCAGAGCAGCUAACUGCACUGUGUUGGUAGCGAGUGCAAUGUUCGGCUAUAUUGAUUGUAGCCUAAAACCUUGCAUAUCUAGUCAUCCAAGACCUUAUAUUCACUGUGUUAUCUUUGACAACUAAAUAAUAAGAUGUUAGUCUAUGCUUUUUAGUGACAGAGUACCCGUUAGUUUGGCCUUUACCAGCCCUAAUGUUAUGAAUGCUUAUAUGUAAUCAGUACAAAAAAGGCCCAAACCACAAGUUGUAAUUUACACAUUUUAAAUUUUUGUAAACAAAAAAUGUACUUGUCAAGUUUAUACUCUCCAAUACACCACCACCAUCAAUAGUUGAUACAAAGUCAAAUACUAAGUAGUAUAACCUUUCAGCUUCUCCUCUCUGAGCACGGGUUCAGCCCUUCAAUUAACUGUGAUUCUUAUUUUAAGCUCUACUUUUUGUCUCGAUUCGUUGUAGUGUUUUAUUUCAUGGUAAGGUGCUAUUAAUAUCACACUUGUAACAUCAGUGCUGCUAAAAAUGGAUUGCAUGUAUUUCAAGUUUGAUGCACUUGUAACAUAAUCAUGCAACAUUAUUGAGACCCAUAUUAUCUGAAGGAUAGUUCAGCUGCACAUCAUCUUGCUGUUCUCCCUCACUUUAAAUGCAAGGGAACACCAGUAUGUUAUCCGUUCAGUCUCUGUAAUUUGUGCCUAGAUGACAAUGAAGACAUCGACCACGAGUCGGUGGUGGAGGAGCAGAUCGUUGGGGAGAACUCCCCUCCAGAUUACUCAGAGUACAUGACGGGGAAGAAGCUGCCCCCUGGUGGUAUCCCAGGGAUCGAUCUCUCAGACCCCAAACAGUUGGCUGAGUUUGCCAGGUGAGUGUAUGCCCCAGGCUCUACAUCCUGUUCCUGAAUGUGUAAACACAUCUGUUUCCUAAGCACAACAGACUGUGGGGCAAAUCUUAAUGAAUGUACAAGAGGCAAAGGUCUGAACACUCAGCACAACUAUCAGAUACUCUGAUACCAGUGUGGAGCUGCACUUGUGGGUAGAAAAUAUUAAUUUCACUUAAUAUGCUUUGGUAUUUAACCAUAUAUUUCACUGUCUACAUGCAGAGUUUAGGGGUUUUGUUUUGCAGAUUCAAGACUAAUAUGCAAGAUUUAAUAACUGUAUUAAAACAAGUAUGAGAGCACUUUAAAAACAUGUUUUAUAUGUUAGUGUGUUUGCAUUUGUUCAUUUUUGUCCAUUUGUAAGCUUUGCUCAUCGUUUUUAUGGAACACACACGCUUUGAUUACACUGAAUUCUAUUAUUGAAUGAUAAAUAAUCCCUCACAAAAAGUGCAUUUGAUACUGCUCAUCAUUCACCAGAUUGUUUUGAGGACUGUUUAGGCCCACAAAAGAAAACAAUAAUAGCCAAUAAUAUAAAAAAUGUUUUUUGAAGGCCCUGUGAAGUAUUUGAACUGUUUUCUUUAAAUAGUUGUAAAUCGAGUGAGCUGUAUUAGCCCUGCUUGCAAUAAGAAAAGCUCUGGAUUAUGAAAUUACUUCUGCACAUGAUCGUUAUGUUUGUCCGUGAGCAUGUGACACUUUGAGGUGAACCAUUGAGUGCUGAUGUUCUUGUUCCAGCACACUGCCCUCGUCAGUGAUGAUACUGGUUAUUGAUUGAUUGCAGAAAUCAGCAUUAAAUCAAGGGUUGUAAAUGACUCUGUGGCUUGUGCGAGAGAGAGAUGGAUGUACGCCAAGCAUCUUAUUCUGCCUCCUUUUUUUUUUUUUCCAAAACAGAAUGAAACCCAGGAAAGUCAAAGAGGACGAUGCCCCCCGGACAAUAGCCUGCCCUCAUAAAGUGAGUUCAACAAUGAACCCCUGCUUCCUGAUUGACUCAGUAGUUUUCCAGCUGAUUUAUGUUUGCCGGUGUGAUUGAAAUUUUCUGUAAAGGUUAUUUAAAAGUGGAGAAAGCACUUAAGUGUAUUGAUUUUCAAGUACUUACAUGCACAAUCAAGCCUUAUUUGACCUUUCCCUGUUGAGCUAAUGCAAAUAAUCCAUUGAAUCAGCUGUCUGCCAAUAUUGUGAAGGAGUUAAUGGUGCCUCUGAAACAAAGGAGGCAGAAACAUUUUUUUUCAGGGUUUAAACCUGAUCAAAAGACGAACAAAAAGCUAUAAAUGAGGACACUUUUAUAACUUUUAUAACAAAAACCCUUUUUGCGCACCACUUAAAAGUUUACUAGCCCGCUGCAGAGAACUGUCCAUUAUUUGCUGUUUGUCAACAUUGUGCUGCACUUACUUCGCUCCCCAGGGCUGCACAAAGAUGUUCAGGGAUAACUCAGCCAUGAGGAAGCAUCUCCACACCCACGGGCCCCGCGUGCACGUCUGUGCGGAGUGCGGCAAGGCUUUCGUCGAGAGCUCCAAACUUAAACGUCACCAACUCGUUCACACAGGGGAGAAACCCUUCCAGGUUGGCAUCCGGACGAACAUCACACUCCCACACACUUAGAUACACUCACACUAUAUAUAUAUUUUUUUAAUUUUAAGCGCAUUAGCCUCUGACUAUUUUAAGCCAAGCCACGGAGAAUGGGAUCAUAAUUAACCGCUCACUCACAGGGUUCAAAUUAUCACCCACCAACUACAGCAGUCAUAAAAACUAAAUAAAUCAAAGGUCCCUUAUUUCUUACUGUAACUCACACCACUGUCCAAAAAUGAAUAAUAUUACUCUAUGUAAUGAUGUGUUUAUCAAAGUUAUAUACACUACAGGCCAAAAGUUUGGAAGCAAGGCCAUGACAGGCUGAACAGUUGGGAGUAACUUCAAGUUUUUGUUCACAAUGCUUUUUUUAAAAUCCAGCAUGAGUUUUAUGUAUUUUGGGAUGUAUUUACUCUGUGAUCAAAUGUUGCUUUCAUGGAAAUGCACCAUUUUACUCCAUUUACCUUUAGAUAUACAUUGAUGUUAACAGACCAUUGCUAAAUAUAUGUCAGCAAAAGAUAAGGGCUUAGUUUUAGGGUUGAAAACAUUUGCAAGAGUCACAACUUCAGUGCAAAAGCAAAAAAACAAAUCACAGUUGGGUUGUUCACUUCAACUUUUUGGCCUUUGAGAGUCUGCAUACAAAAAUCCUAGUAAAUCUCAACUGCAUUCAAAAUACCGCGGAAAUGGCUAGAAAGAAGCAACUAAGUAAAGAAACAUAAGUACAGAUUUGUACAUUGAGGAAAGGAUACACAGAGAGAGAAAAUUGCAAAACGCCUAAUGGUGUCUAACAAAGGAGUCCACUACACUCUCAAGAGACUAGAGGAACCUAGAAGUUAUGAUGAAGCAGAGGAUAAACAUAUCAUUGUCACCAGUAAGAGAGAUCGGCAAAAGACAGCACCAAAAAUAAGGGAGGAAAUCAACAUGACAAGGUCAAAACCCAUAUCUCUGACAACGGUGAAAAGACGUUUGAGAAAGGCUGGUCUGAAGGGUUGUGUAUCUGCAAAAAAAAAACCACUACUUCAUCCACAGAACAAGAAAAAGAGAUAUGAGUGGGCAAAAGCUCACAAAAAUUGGACUUAUGAUGACUAGAAACAAGUUCUCUGGACCGAUGAAAGCAAGUUUGAACUGUUACACCCACAAUUAAGCAAGGAGGUGGUAGUUCCAUGGUACGGGGAUGUUUUGCAGGUGAUGGAGUAGGAGAUUUGUUUGAAGUAAAGAGUAUCAUGAAGAAGGAACAGUACCACUCCAUCCUCCAGCACCAUGCUGCUCCAUCUGGACUCAGGCUUAUGGCUCUAAAGUUUAUUUUGCAGCAAGACAAUGACCCUAAGCACUCUGCCAAGCUCUGUCAGCGUUACCUAGACAAAAAAGAAGAGGAAGGUGUUCUUCAAAAGAUGGUUUGGCCCCCUCAGUCGCCAGACUUUUCUUAAUUGAGCUUGUGUGGGAUGAAUUGGAUCGAUCGGUCAGAAAAACGUGUCCCACGAAUCAGCAGUCUCUUUUUAAUGAACUUAAGAAAGCUUGGAAUUCAAUCCCUGGAACAUACCUUAAAGAACUUGAGGAACGAAUGCCUGGUAUAUGCCAAGCUGUUGUUAAAGCCAGAGGAGGUUACUUUAAAGAAAGCAAAGUCUAAGCAACAAUAACUCAAAUACCUAAUAAUUAUAGUCAAAAUUAAUGGAACUAUGAUCUUUUUUUGUACAAAUCUGAUCUUGCUUCCAGACUUUUGGCCUGCAGUGUAGAUACAGUUUUCUGAGUAGACAUAUGGCCCUAUGUUAUAUUGUAUAUCACUGUUUAUAACCAACAUGAAAACUGACUCCCCACUCGUCUCCUCUCAUUUCAGUGUACCUUCGAAGGCUGCGGGAAAAGGUUUUCUCUGGACUUCAACCUGCGCACACACGUGCGGAUCCACACUGGAGACCGGCCCUACGUCUGUCCCUUCGACGGCUGCAAUAAGAAGUUCGCGCAGUCGACCAACCUCAAGUCUCACAUCCUCACACACGCCAAAGCCAAAAAUAACCAAUGAGAACCCACCCACCCACCAGCAUCAGACACCUACCGAGAAGAAAAAGAGAGCGUCUGACUUCUCUUUUGAAGACGGAAACAGAAAAAAGACUUAUUGAUUUAUAUGAGGAAGAAAAAACCCUGACAGAUUAAGAGACUUCUGAAACACUGAAAUUCAGCUCGCUUUCCUGCGUCCCCUUUCUAUUGCUGUCAUAUCAGAUGAGGUUCACAGUGACUACUCCCCAAAGCCCAGACCAACACAUUUCCCUUUUUUUUUCUUCAGUGGCACUCAGCUUCCAGAAGAUGGAACUCACGGACAAACAUCAGAGACUUAUUUUUACCAGCGCGAGCAGAAGAAGCAGCGAUCUAUUAGUACUUUUAUUUUCUCACAUAGCUUUUAUUUUCCUUGAGUGUGCAUAUUGUACACUUGUCUCAGGCUAUGUUUGGUAAAAAUGUGGUUAUUAUUUCCCCUCUCCUGCAUUAUGAGAUCGUACCUAUGAUACAAAAGUUUAAAAAACAGCUGUAUGUUUGCAUUUCCAUGCCCUUGGUUGUAUUUUUCUCUAACCACAGAAUAACCUUGUAUACUUGUAUUGUAUGGCUGUAUUGAAAAUACGUAGACAUAGAUAGAGGUGUGAUUUAAAGUGUUAACCAAUUAAACUUUUAGUCAUGAGUUGCUUUAUAUUUUCUAUGAACUGACUCUAACAGGCGGCUGAGUCAUGCACUCAGCUGACGCAUCUGAAGCAAACAUCAAGUGGACUGCGAGACCAUCACUUUCUUUGUUAGAAUGUAAUGUACAGACGUCAACCAUUAACUUCCUUUGUUGGUAUUUACACCCAUGUAUCUCAACUGCCCACAAUAAAAUGGGUCAUUCCAGCCCUGGAGAAAUCUACAAAAAAAAGCACUAAGCCAUUUUCCUCUUGAAUUACUCAUUUAAAACACGUUCCUUCAGUCACUUAGUCUCUUUAUACUUUAGUUACACACUAGCUGUAUUAUUUACAGCUUAAGCACCAAAUUGACCCUUCAAAUGUGAGAUUAUUAAGCAAGUUCCAAACGAACAAUGUGGAUUUUCUGCUUUUCUUUGUUUGUGGUUGUUAAGUGGUAUUUUCUGAUCACAUUAAAUGAGAAUGCUUUCACUGUUUUCGGACAUUAAAUUACCAAGAAAGCAAUUAACUGAGAAAACAGCCAUUAGUUACAGCUCUCCAGCUGUUAUAAUAGCAACCACUCCAAAAAAGAAAAAAAAAGACAAACAUUGAUUCUUGUUAAAUUCUCAUGAUGAGGAUGCUUCAUGAAGUGUAGCAGCCGCGCUUCAGGAUCAUUUUCGCGCUUAAGAAACAGGAACGAUCAGGGAGUCGACAGACAGGAACAGUUUGUAAGUAAGAUGUUGGAUCAGUAACUACUUUUCGCUCAGGUCUGUCUCUUUUAUUCAUGAAUACAAAAACUGCUUUAGAGGUGGAGGAAGAAGGUGUACCUUAAGUGGUAACUCUUGAUCUUUGCUGAUUUCUUUCUCCUGAGCAGAUAAGAAGUGAUUAAACAAGAGUAAACCCCGUCUUGCUGUUUUACCAGACUGCCUCUGCAGGGUGCUGACACCUACCGAUGGCAGUGGUUCUCAACUGGUCUCACUCUGGGACCCACAUUUUCCCAUGGUCCUUAAGUCGCAACCCACUUCAAACCAAGCGAAUUUAUUUCUUAUAUUAAAAAAAAAGCUUUAAAGACUCAAAUCUGCGACUUAAAUACACCUAUUUCAUUGAGUAAGGUGUAUUUCACAGCACAUGAACUGAGGAUGACAACUACUAAAGUUGCAUAUAGAGAAAAUAUCAAAUUGUAUAUAAUGGAGACCAGCAAAAUGAAAAAUUUGACUUAUUUGAAUCUGUAUUCAGAGCAUAUUCAGAAGAACCUGAGGAGGACCACGCAAUAGCAUGGACAUAACUGAAUAAAUAUCAAAUUGCACUAAAUAAAGACCAAAAAAAACAUGUAAUUUUACUGCAUUCAGGCCUCAUUAAUAAGAAACCGAGGAAGACCAAGACAUAAUGCGUGCCUUUCAAAAUAAGUUAUUUUUCAAACAUCAGAUGUGCAUUAAAUAUUUCCUUUUUUUUGACCAGCUGUCCACGACCCACUUUUGGGUCGGGACCCACCAGUUGAGAACCACUGUUUUAGACAAUAAUAAACACAGUUUAUGCCGAUGGUCGAGUUUCCUUCUACAGAAGCAUUCAUAAUAAUUUCACUCUGUUUCAUAACUGUUAAAUCCCAAAUUCUCACCUCACCAUCUCCAUACCUGACUCCCCUGUCACUCAAGGCCAAACCACACCCCCAACACCAUAAAAGCCAGUCCUCAGGCCUGCUCUCCCUUUUGCAGCCUGAACAAGAGCAGCACUGAACAAAGGGAAUCUGACUAUUCCUGUCACCCUAAAACGCAUAUGUAUUGAUUUAAAACCCCGAAGUGGAUGCAUCUAUGAUGUAAGAUUAGUUAACCAAUUUACAAUUCAUUUGACUUUAUCAGUCCCCCCUUUUUUGUAAUAUUUUAUGUUGAUACAUCUUGUUUAUAUUCCUUUUGAUUGUACAGAAAAAAUCAUCCACUGAAGACGAGCAAAAUAAACCGUCAAACUGAAUCCUGGAUCCUGUGUUUUAAUGUGCACUCAAUAUAGGAUGUUCAAUGAGCAAGCAUCAGCAACAGCAUAAUCUUUUACAAUAACCACCUAAAAAACGAACAGGAGCUUUAGUUGACAUCGUAAACUGUAUAUAGAAUGGACAGCGUCUGCCUCCUUUCUGGGUGAAGCCACUCCGAGAACAGCACCCUCUGGUGACGGGCUGCAGUAUAGGUCAUAAAUCCCGCCUCUGCCAGUAAAACUUAUGCAGCUCUGGACAAACUUUAGAAAUUUAUUACACAGUCAGACUGUCAGACUGGUUUGUGCUCAAGUCCUUUUUUUUCUGUGAAGCUCCGUUUUUAAAAGUUAUUAGGGGUUCAUGUUUUCUAUGAUUGACACCUGAUACAGCCUAUUGGCGUUCAGGGAUUGCACAGCGUCAUCACAGCAACUCUUGCCGAAUGUGCACAACACUGCUGCACAAUGCUGGUUUUAGGAAAUGAAGAAACAUCGCAGAAAUACUGAGAGCUUUUUGGCUUUAAAUCUGUAUACAGGCGGGAGGCGGAACCAAGUUGUCCAUAGUAUAUACAGUCUAUGAAUACAGUCUAUAGUAUAUACUAUGCUAUAUAAGGGUUAAAGUCACUCCAACAUACUUCUAAAGAAAAUAAAUGUAUUUGAAGGUUUGUCAUACUCCCUCUUAGGAAAAAAUCCUGUAUAAAAUGACAUGCUGUCUUUCGCCGGUAUGAUGUUGAAUGAAGUAUGUUACUUUGAUUAACAUUCAGGUUAAUCCAGCUGUUCACGACCCAUCCAGAGUGCAUCCACGACCCACUUUUGGGUCGGGACCCACCAGUUGAGAACCACUGCACACCGCUUAUGCUGAUGGUCCAGCUUCUUUCUACAGAGACAUUCAUAGUAUUUUCACUCUGUUUCAUAACCACCUUAAAAAGACUAACAGGAGCUUUAACAAAGUUGACAUACAGUCUAUAAUUCCUGUUUCUCCCAUUGAUGCUGUAUCAGGGUUAAAGUCAUUCCGACAUACUUUUGAAGAAAAUAAAUGUAUUUGAAGGUUUGUCGUACUCCCUCUUAAGAAAAAAUCCGGUUUAAAAUAACACGCUGUCUUUCUCCAGUAUGAUCUGUUACUUUGAUUAACAUGCAGGUACAUAACGCGGUUAAAAUUAGCUCCCUCUGCAGCAGGCUGGCUGCAACAUUAAAGCGCUGCUGACAUGUUAAUGCAUCAGGAGGAAGGAUCCAAUGAUAUACUGAGCUGUUCUGCAUAAUAAGUGGAUUUAUUUUUUAUUUCUGGCUCAAACGGAUGCACCUAAACUCGAGUACUUUUCUGAAGCAUGAUCAUCAUUUUUGUAAUUGAGGAUUUGCACUUUUUUAUACAUAUCAUUUUCCAGCUGAACCUCCCUAACUCCCCAAAUAGAAGUGUUAUCAGUCCAAUCACGCAGAGGCUCUGGACACUGCCCCGGUGUCUGCAGGCACAUUUUUGUUAUCCACCGGUUUCUGCAAAAUCAAGAAAGAGCUACAGGAAGAUUUUAAUAUAAAAGUCUGAAGCUCGGACCAGGAAAUUUAUCACUUCCUGAAUCAGUGAGAAGGAAGAAAAGGAGAAAUUUAAAUUUUCUUCAACUUGCACGGCUGUUUUAAAUGUGUUGUUUUUCAUGUUAAGCUUACAAAGAGACUAAUAAACAAUUUAGAAAACUCACCCUCAAAGCUUCAGUUGUAGGGUAAGUAAACACACCACAGGCUUUCCCAAGUGUGCUCUGAAGGAGAAAUUGGAAAAAAUCAAUGAAAAACUGUUUUUCUUCUUUUAUAUUUGACUCAGUCUUUUCAUGAGCUGCGUCAGCAUGGUGGUGGAUUUUUCUCCUCCACCCCUCCUCUCCUCAGUCCUUCUCUCCUUCUUUCCUCUGGUCUCCACUUGCUGUUUAUUGAGUUUACACAUAAGUCCUCUCCUCUUUGUGCUCACCCAGCAGGAUUAGCUCGACUGUCUGCCUCAGCGUCCUGCUCAGAUCCUCAGGUCCUUAGGCCUCUGAUCCUGACCGGCCCGCCUCUCAUUACUGCCCCCUCCUGGCUCUGAGGACUUCAUUCUGAGGCGGCGGUGGUGGUGCUGUCCAUGGUGCUGAACCCCAGGCUAGUGCAGCAGACAACAACAACAACAACCUCUUUGAGCUUAUUUGUGUGUGUGUGGAGACUUCUCCCUGUAUUUGAUAACUCGUGUCCUCAUUCUCAGUCACACAGGACGAUUCAGACGGAAGAGAAAAACAAAAGGGGAGCUGUGUUGUUUCUGUGA